AUGACAUCCUACGUGCCGUCCCUGACGCUGCCGGCCUUCAUCUUCGAGCACCCAGCUGCGUCAAUCUUGCUGCCGGUAGCUCUGGGCACUGGCAUUGGCUUCUCGACCCGCCCGGACAAGAAGCAUCAUGAGCACCUCGCUCUGAAACAGCCGCCAUACGACCCUCCUCCGCAGGUGUUCGGCCCGGUAUGGACGGCGUUGUAUGCCACCAUGGGCUACACGGCCUACCGCGCGUGGAACGCUGGCAUCGCCUCGUUUGACCCUAACAAGUUGCUCCUCGCCAAGCAAGGAGCCACCCUCUACACAAUCCAACUCGGCUUGAAUCUACUAUGGAUGCCUCUGUUCUUCGGCCUCCGUCGCCCAAUUGAAGCCACCGUCGAUAUCGUUGCUCUCACGGGCGUUACUGGCUACCUGGCCUACGUCUGGGGCCAGGUCGACCCCGUGUGUGGCUGGCUGCUCGCGCCCUAUCUAGGAUGGCUUGGAUUUGCCACCUACCUCAGUGCUGGCUGUGGCUAUCUGAACAACUGGGAUUUCAAGGGCAUGUACAGCGAGCCGAAGACCGAGUAG